AUGCAGCGUUGCGUCACUCGAGACAGCUCCAGUGACUACGAGCUCUGUGAUCAGAAUGGCAGUCUAAAGCCAAACAACAGCAGCAGCAGAGAUAAGGCAAAGGAUGAGGAGAAUGUGCAACUGCUGGCAAACAAUGCCAUCAUCAACAGUGCUGACUUGAAGGAGGACUGUGCGACAACUAACAACGGAGGAUACAAGCAGUCCUCAAUAGAACAUUUCGACGAUGACGAUCUGGAGAACUUUACCUCUUUUGGUGCUCCACAGUUGGACAGUCUCAUCGGACAGCCUGAACUACCUAGCGGAGGCAUUCCACUUGAUAAAGUAGAAAACUAUGAAACAAUUUUGCAGAGACAAAAAAUCAGCAAACUACUAAAGUAUCCCUUCUAUCAAGUGGACAUUCACCUUCGAAGUGCAUCAAACUUGCUGGCAAAAGAUUCAUGUGGAACCAGUGAUCCGUACGUCAAGUUCAAAGUAGGCAACCAGAUUAUUCACAAGAGCAGGACAAUCUUCAAAACGCUAAAUCCAAUCUGGGAUGAGUACUUUGUUGUGCCAGUAGACGACAUCUUUGAGCCAAUAGUGCUCAAAGUGUACGACCACGACCUUCUCUUCGUUGAUGACUAUCUCGGCUCGACGCACAUCGAUCUCACUAAAUUGGAGCCUAACGUCUCCACUGAGCUUGAAAUGUUUUUGCACGAAAAUGACGAUGCCGAGAAGGCGAACGUUGAUGAAAAGUGGGGAAAAGUGGUCGUCUCAGUGAAGCUAAACCCAAAGUCUCAAGAGGAGAAGGAGCACUUUUACGGACGCGGAAAGUGGGUCACCAGCUUUGGCGUCGACGGACCGAGCAAGAAGGUGCGCACACAGGCGUACGACAGUGUGGUCAAUGUGAUGCUGAUCAAGGGGAAUAACAUUUCCCUUGAAACGGACUACUGCAUCAAGUUCAAGCUGGCUAAUGAAAAGUACAAAAGCAAGGUGGUCGCCAAGACGACAUCGUCGCCCUACUGGGGCGAACAGUUUGACUUGCGCCUCUUCACCGACCAGUCCAAGGUGCUGGAAAUAACGCUCUGUGGGGCGAAUCAGUCGGCAUCUGACUUCAUCGAGAAGUCGUGCAUUGAUCUCAGCGAGCUGCCCAUUGAAAAGUCGCACCAGAUAGUGCAGAAGUUCAACGUCGACCAGCGGAGCAUUGAGCUGCUGGUGACCAUCACCGGCAGCCAACAGGGGCCGCCGUCGGCCAACAACAACAACAAUCACAUAUCCUCGAGUAACCUCAACUGUCCGGUGACGCGUUCAAGAACGUACGCGGACAUUUGCAAGAAAUAUAACUUUCUUCACAGUUUGAAUGAAUUACCCGAUGUUGGUCACUUGAUUGUCAAAGUUUACAAAGCUGAAAAUCUAGUCUCCGCCGACAUCAAUGGAAAAAGCGAUCCAUUUUGUGUCCUUGAGCUGGUCAACGAGAGACUUCGGACAGGCACAGAGUAUAAAACGCUCUGUCCUGAAUGGAACAAAGUGUUUGAGUUUAACAUUAAGGAUAUUCACGAAGUGCUUGAAGUGACCGUUUACGAUGAAGAUAAAGAUCGUUGCGAAUUUUUAGGCAAAGUUGCCAUCCCAUUGCUCAAAAUUAAAAGCGGAGAAAAGAAAUGGUACGCGCUCAAAGAUAAGAAGCUUCAACACAGGGUAAAAGGCCAUGUUCAACUGGAGUUUUGGAUCUCAUUUAACAAUAUUGAAUUUAUUGACGAGACUGCCUUUGAUGAGGAUGACGACGAGAAAGCGGAAGAGAAAAAGUCAUUAAAGGAGAAGCUUCAAACGGUGCAAGAAAUUUCUACUGUGGUGAUGAACAUUAUUGGAGAAAUUGCAUCCUACAUUGAACGGAUUAAAAACACGUCAAAUUUUAGUGUGCCUUUCCUUUCUUGGCUAGCCGUAAUCGUACUCAGUAUUGCCACCUUAAUCCUCUACCACAUUCCCAUUCGGUACUUGAUUCUCGCGUGGGGCGUGAACAAGUUUACUAAAAAGUUCCGGGCGCCUGAUGCCAUCAACAACAACGAACUUCUCGACUUUUUGUCCCGCGUGCCUGACAUUGAUCAAAAGAUGAUGUACAAAGAAUUCAAACCAAACGUCGCUUCAGAUUACAAAAGCAAUCAACAGUCACCGAGUCAAAAUGGACCGAUCCACGCUGCAGCCUCGACUACACCUCGAAGCAGUACGCUAAGCAAAAACACCAGUUUCAAGUCAGACCUAAGUGUGGCUUCGGUGGAAAGUGCUUCUGAUAACAGGAAGAAUAAAAAGAAAAAGUGA